GUAAAAUAAUUGAUGACGAUUUUUCCACAGAAAAAAAUAUAAAUAAUGGACAUAGAUUCACUUGACAGCUCUUCAGCGCGAAGUUCUCCGAAGCUCUCUAGCACAAAGUAUGAAGGUUCACCAUUUAGAUUAUAUGUCACUGUUGCAUUUGUUUGUCUGGGGCCAUUUGCGUUUGGCUAUACUAUUGGUUACAGUUCCCCUGCUCUUCCCCAGAUGCAGACAUCAAGAAUUUUAACUAAAGAGUAUGCAGCUUGGUUUGGAUCAUUACUACCACUGGCUGCAAUGUUUGGGGGCCCACUUGGUGGAUGGAUGAUUGAAAAAUAUGGACGAAAAUCAACGUUAUUGUUUACAUCUGCACCUUAUAUCAUUGGAUGGUGGUUGAUUGCUAGAGGUGGCAAUGUCACUAUGCUGUUGCUUGGCAGACUUUUGACAGGAUUAGCUAGUGGGCUGAUAACUGUUUGUGCACCUGUAUACAUAGCAGAGGUUUCAACAAAAUCACUUCGAGGUCUCCUUGGGGCUUGUAAUCAGUUAUCGAUAACUGUUGGGAUUCUCAUGGUUUAUUCCCUUGGACUACACUUUAAAUGGGACACCCUUGCACUUUUUGGGAGUAUUCCAGCAGGGCUGACAGCAAUUGCUAUGUUCUUUGUUCCCGAGACACCAAGGUAUUUGUUGAUGAAGGAAAGACGAAUUCAAGCUUUGCAAUCUCUUGUCAAACUCAGAGGACCCCAUACAGAUGUUGAAGAUGAAUGUAGAGAUAUUGAAGAAGGAAUUGACACUAAAGACACUUUCACAUAUUCAGAGUUUAAAAAGCCAGAAUUAUCGAGGCCUCUUUAUAUUUCACUAGCUAUAAUGUUCUUUCAACAGUUCAGUGGAAUUAAUGCCAUCAUGUUCUAUACUGUAGCAAUCUUCAAAAGUGCAGGUAUUCAGAACUCAGAAUUCUCAACAGUUAUAAUAGGAGCAGUACAAGUGGUUUCUACUGUGGUUGCAUGCUUUUUAAUGGACAAAGCUGGAAGAAGGAGAUUACUAAUUAUUGCUGGAUCAAUUAUGACUGUCACUUGCUUUACUUUUGGUGCCUAUUAUUUUGCUAUCAAAGCUGGGAGGUCUCCAGAAACCUUAAGCUGGCUUGCUGUUGGAAGCCUCAUCAUAUAUAUUAUUGGAUUUUCAUUGGGAUGGGGACCAAUUCCCUUAUUAGCAAUGUCAGAACUGUUCCCUGCAAGAGCUAGAGGUGCUGCCAGUGGAAUUGCGAUAUUUGUGAAUUGGCUUUGUGCAUUUAUUGUUACUAAACAAUUUUCACUUGUGCAAGACUGGUUUGGAGAAGCAGUGACAUUUUGGAUUUUUGGUGCAUUCUGUUUGGGUGGUGUAAUGUUUGUUAUCAAAUAUCUUCCAGAAACAAAAGGCAAAUCAUUAGAAGAUAUUGAACUGUACUUCCUGGGACGAAGUAUUACAUAUUCUAGUGUGUAAGAAAGAAACUACUAUUGAAACUAUAACAAACAAAGGAUGUACAUGUGUAUAUAUACAUUUUGUACAGUGAAAUUGGGUAUUGCAGUAAAUGGUUAAUCACAUAAUGCUGUAUCAUUGCUUUGAUAUAUUGAGCUAAAACUUUGGUCUCAUCCUUCAUGUCAAAAUUCAAAUGCACAUUUAUUUCAUGUACAUGUAGACUGACAGAGUUAUAAUAUAGUGUUGACUGGUGAACAAGGGAGAAAAAUAGAUAUAAUUUAUAGAAAAAUUCUACAUACUGUAAAAGCAGAAAUUUUUGUGGAGGAUUUAAUUUCGUUUAGUUCGUGGAAAGAUAAUAUCCAAGAAAUUUAAAACCCCACGAAAAUUUAACCUACAUAUAAUAUCACUUCCAUUUACUGGAAACCACGAAAUUAAAUCCGCAUGAAAUCUUAUAUAGAAACAAAACCACAAAAUUUUACCCCCAUGAAAAUAAGUGUUUCUACAGUACAAUAUUGUACAAUGUA